ACCUUUUUAUUACUUGUCUGUUCCUACGUGUCAAAAAUUUAAAAUACAAAAAAAAACCUAAAAAACGUCAUAAUUGUAGUGUGCUGAAUUUUUGGUAUUCCAACUUUCGUUGUAAUUUCGAUUUGUCGUCAAUUUCUCAACUCAUCCAGCUCAAACAUGUCUGGUCGCGAAGGAGGCAAGAAGAAACCUUUGAAGGCACCAAAGAAGUCCUCAAAGGAGCUAGAUGAUGACGAUGUAGCCCUAAAGCAGAAGUUAAAAGAACAGGAAAAGGCUCUUAAUGAAGCAAAAGCAAAGGCCUCUCAGAAAGGACCCCUCGUGAGUGGUGGCAUCAAAAAAUCGGGGAAGAAGUGACAUAAUCGUCUUUUCCAUGAAUAUUGUAUAUUUAUUUUUAAUAGGUUUAAAUUUAUUGUAUAAGAAAUCUGGAGAAUCUUUGGUUAUUAUAGGUAACUUUUAUGCUCUACUCCAUAACACUCUAUAUAUUGCUACUUUAAAAAGAAUAGCAUGACAAACAAUUUGAGCAUAAAAAUAAUUGAAAUAAGAUGUUGGUAUUGAUUUCUCAAAGGCAAUGACUAAUUUUUUUUCUGCGCACCACUUGGAGACUGUCUUUAAUUUUUUUAUGUAUGUAUAAACAUUGAGGGGCGGCCGCUAAAAUGCCGCUAAACAUAAAAAUUAAGCAUACAAUCGUACAUAAAACCACCUUGGGUUCUGUAUGUGAUGAGUUGAUGACAGAUUGUGAUCAAGCACCAAUUCAAUGAAAUCACACCAUGCCUUCUCCAAAUUAAUUGCAUGGUAAAAUCUGUUAUGGCACUAUGAAAGCCAUUAAACAUAGCCAGAAGAAGUGAGAAGAAAAUAAAUUACAUAAUCUGCAUCUAAAGCUGGGCUCAGAUAUGUGUUGUUUACCGGAACCAAUUAUGCUGUAGAUGCCUUUUAUAUCAUAUCAUGAUUGUACAUCAAAUUGCUAAGGGGCUUACUACAAUAGCUUUAAGCAGUAUUAUUUUUUAAUAGAUCCAUUGAUGUCUUUAAAAUCAGGAUUAUAAUUCUGCAGAUGCUUUAUGCGAUGCUAGUAAGCCCCACUUCUGUGUUAGCUCCUCGGAUGAUCCAACAAAAACCGAUUCGGCUUUACUGUCACAUAUUCUAUCACGACUGGGUUUAGCCACCCAUGCAGCCAUGCAUAUGAUUAAUAAUGAUGAGCUGUGAGACAGUCAGACAAAUAAUUAAUAUCUGAACCCAUCUUUAAAUAUUUCUCUUAGAGAUGUUCACGAUCCAAAUCAUGACAUUGAUAAGUAACCAUAGAUUUAUUAUAUACCUACAUAUAAUAUGUAAGUAACUCGAGUGAAUUAAUUUUCGCUUGAGGCUUUGAUUAGAAAUUGUAAGCACAUACUAAAUAAGUAAAGAAUAAAUGUACUGCCAGUGUAGUGCCUGUUCCAAUGUACGUUUUGCAUUUUGAAAUAAGCAUGCAUUGAUUUUAUUAAAUAAAUGUUUCGAAUUAUU